AUGGAUGACCAAACGCCUGAAGAUCUGUUCCCUCCCACGCAUGAGAAUGAGGAGAAACAGGAAGAGAUUUUGAAGACCUUGAGAACAUGCUGGAAAUGGUACCAGUGUAUGAGUGACUAUAAUACAACGAGAGCGCUAUCCUCUGUAUUUGUCUUUUCCUAUCUGUCCAUACCCCGAGUUUACACCAAGUGCAUGAUGGGAUAUGAUCUUUCGCAGCAGGCCGUGUGCAAUAAAAUGGCCCAUAAUCCCUCCUCAAUAACUGCAACAAUGUAUGGAGCGGCCCAGAAACAUGUGCCGGACGAUGAUAGUUACAUCUAG